AUGGCUUUGGUACUGCGUACCAUUUACGAUGGAUUCCGCUACUACGUGGUUGACAAAACAGAUGAACGAGUGCUCACCCUGCCACUGCUGCAGUCAAUUUGGACGGUCCCCAUGAUUACCGUAGCCUACCUAUACUUUGUGCUCCGGCUCGGCCCGAACCUGAUGGCCAACCGGAAACCGAUCGAGAUGCGCGGUUUGCUGAGCGCCUACAAUCUGCUGCAAGUGGCAGCAAAUGCCGUUGCGUUCAUCUUGGGUCUCAAGUAUCUGCGGGAACACUCGUACUCGUUCGUCUGUCAACCGAUCCUGCCGAGUGACACCAUGCAGGCGAUGGCAGAGUUUCGGCUAGGCUAUCUGUAUUUCCUGCUGAAAAUUUUCGACCUCGCCGACACCGUGUUUUUCGUGCUGCGCAAGAAACAGGGUCACGUGUCCUUUCUGCACGUCUACCACCACGUGGUGAUGGCUCUGUCGGCCUCGAUCUUCAUGCGGUACCUGGCCGGUGGACACGUGUUCGUCCUCGGGCUGCUCAAUACGUUCGUGCACGCGGUCAUGUACUUUUACUACUUUCUCACCAUCUACUGGCCGGACGUGACGCGCGGUGCCACCUGGAAGCGCUACGUAACACUGCUGCAGCUGAGUCAGUUCGCCUAUCUGGUGUUCCAUUUCCUGCGUCCCAUCGUUCUCGGUGCGGAUUGCAGCUACCCGCGGCCCGUGAUGUGGUUCGCUGGAAUACAGAACGUCUUUAUGCUGAUCCUGUUUGGUGAUUUCUAUGUGCGCACGUACUUCCGGAAGCCAAAAGCCAACCAGCACUGA